AUGGGUUGGAUUUUAAUGGGGAAAUUGUCUGACCAUAUCGACGAUAAGGAAAAUGUAACUAAUGUCGUCGCAGUGACUUCUUUAUUAAUUCACACAUCGAAGAUUGAAAAUUUCAGGAAAUUAGAUUUAUUGGGGAUUCAAGACCCUGUUGAAACAAAAUGUAGAAAGGAAAUAGAAAUUGCCGCAUUGAACCAUUUUAACGAAACUGUUACCUUUAAGGAGGGAAGAUAUGAGGUUCAGUUGCCUUGGGUAACAGAAAAGGACUGUUUAAGUCAAAAUUUCGAUAUUGCUAGACAGCGUUUAAACAGUACGACACACCGGUUGAUACAAAAGGGCAAACUCGAGGAUUAUGAAAAUGUUUUCACAGAUUGGUUAAAUGAAGGAAUUAUAGAAGAAGUCUUGAACACGAAAUGA